UUGUGGGGGAGGGAGGGAGGAAGUCCCACUUCUCGUGAGUGAGGGACUGGAAAGCGCCGGCUGAACUGGCAAGGCCGAGGAAUCCGGCUGACAAGGGGAAAGAUUACCUGACACCAGAGGAGGGGGAGGGAUCACGGGAGAAGACGCCAAGUAUCACCUUGACAGCUGAAGAAUGGCACGUAAUGGGAAAGGACUCACAUCCAGGAGACCAACCAGCAGAGUAUGACAGCCCAGCACUGAAGUGAUGAGAACCUGGACCUAGGUGGUGGCAGUAUCGGAGGAGAGAAGUGUUGCUAUGAUUAAAGAGAGACUUAUGAGGAUCCUGGAAGCCAGAAAAGAAGGCCUUGGCAUUAGACUAAAAAGUGGUUGAACUGUAUCCGACAUCGCCAAAAUUUGAAGUAGAAAAAUGAAUCUUGAAAGUGACAGUACGGCAUCUAAAAGCAUUUUUGACAUGGACUAUGCUUCAUGGAAAAUCCGUUUAACAUUAGUGGUGGCCGGUUUUUUCUUCUACCUGGGUGUCUUUGUGGUCUGCCAUCAGCUCUCUUCCUGUCUUAAUGCCACCUAUCGAUCUCUGGUAGCUAAGGAGAAGGUCUUCUGGAAUCUUGCUGCCACCCGAGCAGUUUUUGGAGUUCAAAGCUCCAUUGCUGGUCUGUGGGCUUUGCUUGGGGACCCUGUUCUUUCUGCUGAUAAAGCAUAUUCACAGCAGAACUGGUGUUGGUUUAAUAUUGCAACUGCAACUGGCUUCUUUUUCUUUGAAAAUGCUGCUGUUCAUGUGUCAAAUUUGGUUUUCUGGACAUUUGACAUGUUCUUAGUAGUCCAUCAUCUUUUUGCCUUUCUUGGAUUUCUUGGGUUAGUGGUCAGUCUCAAAGCUGGCCACUAUCUAGCCAUGACAACCCUGCUACUGGAAAUGAGCACCCCUUUUACCUGCAUCUCCUGGAUGCUUUUAAAGGCUGGCUGGGCUGAUACUCUGUUUUGGAAGGUAAACCAGUGGUUGAUGAUCCACAUGUUUCAUGGACGCAUGUUUUUGACCUACCACAUGUGGUGGGUAUGUUUUCAGCACUGGGAUGAUCUACUCAACAGUCUGGCUCAUCCACACCUUGCACUUUUCCUUGUUGGACUGGCCCUCCUUACAUUAAUUAUUAACCCAUACUGGACACACAAGAAGACUCAGCAGCUGCUUAAUCCGGUGGAUUGGAACUUUGUACAUUCAGGACCAAAAAACAGUCAGUCUGUAAAAGUGAAUGGCCAGACUCUCCUAAGGAAGAGGCAAUAAUUUUGCCAGAACAACUAAGUGCCUGCUAAGAACUAGAAACUAAAUGGGACACAUACAAUGUGAAAUUCUGAGAAAAUUCUUUUAAAAUCAAUAACCAGUAGUGAAUAGGUGUUUGUUUUGAUUUUUGUGUCUUCCUGAUGUUUAUUUUGAAGUACCCAUAAAGUAUUUCUUUUUUUGUUUUUAAACCUCAAUUUGCUUUUAUUAGUGGAGUUUGCCCCAUAACAAGUUCUUUUGACUUCAAGGUGCAAUAAAUUUUACCCAUGUUGGGUUUAUUAAUUGUAGUAUUAAGAAAUAUGAGGCAUAGAUCAAAUUUAAAGUUCCUUUAUACAUUUGUCUCUUCAUAUAAGAAGCUCUCAAAUUGUAGAUUGACUUUGAGACAGCAUUUAUUUUCUUUUCUUGUUUUCAUACAAUAAUGUGAUUUGUAGCCCUGUUUUAAUGUUAUAAUUACAUUUUUUUAAAGCUACAUGUGCAACAGUGUCACCUAGUGGCAGAAUAAUACAUGAACCAGCUAAUUCUCCAAGUUUCAAAUGACAAACCAUGGAGAGAAAUAAUGGUUCUUGAAAUGAAGGGAUUUUGUUGUGGAGUUGGAAUUUCAAAGCAGAUGUUUGAAAAAACUUUAGUGCUUAUUAAGAGAUGUGAAAAAUUUCUGAUUCAUAUAUUUUAGCUAUAAAUUUGCACCCAAGAGCAGGCCCUCAUAGUGUCAUAAUAGUUCAUAUAAAAUGCUCUGUAUAAUGUUCUACAAGACACUGGAGUAGUUACUUUGUUUUUUGGACAAGUAUAUUUCUUUAGGUGAAUCCUCCAAAUGGAGGCUUAAUUGAGUAGUAAUAAUAAUUAGCUGAGGUUAAAUGAAUUAACUUCCAUAUUUUUCUGCAAGGUGUAUCUUUACUCCUUUGUUGAAUGAUUUUUUUUUAAUUUGGGUUAAAUAAUUUAGUGACUACUUUUUGGAAAGCAGAUGGUGAUGCUGAAAGUAAUUUGUCUGAGGGUUUUUUUAAAAGAUGUUUAUAUCUAGGCUGCCUGUCAAAAUUGUCAAAAUAUUAGUUCCUUUAUUUUUAGCAUGGCAAUGUACUAAGAGUUAAUCCUGGUUUAUAGUUGUUUAAAUGUGUCCAUAAUCAUUGGCAUAUAAGAACUGGAUCUGUGAUUUCAUUCAUCUAGGAAACUCUCUUUACUAAUACAGGUAAACCCCUUCUCUACAAUUUAUAAUCUUAGAGAAUAGCGCAGAGCAUUGAGGUCACUUCAUCAGUAUGUCAGAGACAGGACUUAAACCCAGGUCUUCCUGGUUCUGAGACCAGCUCUUUUCCAUGAUGCCAUACUGCCUCUUUUCCCUUAUAUUUUUUAUUAUUUAAAUGAUAUCAUAACAGCUAAAUGUAAUCUUGUAAUAUUUUUAGCCUGUAUUUUCUUGCUAAAUUAUCUUUAUACUUCAAGUACUUCAAUAAUCCAUUAUGUCAGCAACAAAGUCCUUACACUGAGGCAGGUAGGUAAUACAGUGCAUAGGAUGCUGGGCCUGAAGUCAGGAAGACACUUCACUAACUGUGUGAUCCUGGACAAGUCACUUAACCUCUGUCUGCCUUAGUUUCCUCAUCUAUAAAAUAAGGAAAAGAAUAGCAUCUACCUCCCAGGGUCAUUGUGAGGAUGAUGUAUUUAUUAAGAAAUUUACACACCUUAACAUGCUAUAUAAAUGCUGCUACUUCUAAUUUGGUUAAAAAAAAAAACUAGUUAGUCUUAAUCCCUAUGAUGUUUUGUGUUUCCAAACUUAACUUGUUUGAUCUUAAGGUGACAAAAUGGUCUGCCACUGCCACAAAGUCAGCCUUUCCAGCAUGUCCAGAUGUGCCAGAGGUGAUGUUCCACUAACAUAGCCUUUGAAAACUUAGAGUCAUCCCCAUAUUGAGUCAAGACAUCAGAGGACCUUAAUUAAUGGAAGACAAAUUGCUAGAAAAGAAGUUUUAGAAUAAUUUUAUAUGUAUUUUUUGCUAUCCAAAUUGUGAAUCUGGUUCUGAAGGCAUCAUCCCUGAGCUGCUUCUUAGGUAUAAAUCUCAUUUAUAUUGUAUUCAUAGGGAUUAUCUCAAGAACUGUUGACCACAUUUUGCUUUAUAUCAGGUGUCCUCUACCCUGUACUUGUUUGCUUAAUUGUCUAUUCCUUUCACCCAAUUUUUAAAAAUAUUUUAAAAAUUCAAAUCAAAAGAAUUCAAAAUUACUAAAUGUAUGGUUUUUCAGAUAUUUUAAGGUUUUCUAGAUUUUAUUUUGUAUAAAGUCAAUUUUAUUGAAAAGCUCCUUUACAAUGCUUGCAUGAUUAAUAAGGCUAAAUGAGAGGAUAUCUUAAUUUCAGCCUCUGGUAAUAAUUACAUGAUUAGAAAUGUUUAGGAAUGUGCUAAAUGUGCUUUUUAAAAGUGGUGCUUCAAAUUCUGGAAGUCACUGGUGAAAUUUUAGAUCAAUAUAUAUAAAACCUAUUGAUAUCUUUUUUUUUUAAUGAUUUAAGGUUUUAAAAUCUAGAGGCCAUGUUAGCACCAUCAGAAUACAGCUCACUAACUGCCUAUUCCUCAGAUGACUUGAAUAUUCUCUGUGUGAUUUAUCCUUUGCUCUGCAGUCACUAACUUUCCCUUCAGAAGCAGGAAAAUGUGACUUGCAUUAGCAGUACCAAAAAGUGGAAUCCCAAUUCAUAUAUGAAAAUAAAUUAACCUUGCUAUUUAUCACAGAGCUUUAGUUGUGGAUAUUUUGUUUCUGAAAGAUAUAAAAAUGUGAUCAACAUUUUGAGUGACUACAAAACUCAGUGUGCUUUACAGUUUUUAGCCUAAUAUUUAUUUGACUAAACAUAACAAAUAUGGGUCUUUGAAGAACAAUAGUAAAAGUUGUGAUGAGAGAAAUGCAUAAUAUGAAAAGGAUUGAACAUGUGGUGAAGGUGCAGAGUAUCAAGUAGAUGGAUCAAUUGUUUUAUUGAUACCUCAUAAUAUAGAGGAACACCUUCAACACCUUGGGUGAACCCUCUGUGGUGAAUUUACAGAAGGACAGAGACAGGAGUUACACAGGUAUGAAUGAACUGCAACCUGCAUCACUAGAGGGAACAUUCAAGUUGAUGAGAUUACAGAUCCACUAGAUUUUUAAAAACUUUUUUUUUUAGGAUUCUAAUAUUUAUUUCACUUUUAUUAGGGGUUGAGAAAGUCAUUUCUCCAAAUCAUGUCAUCCUUUUUUCCUUUUCUGCCCUUUGUACCCUGACAGUCUUGAUCAAUCAGUACUCAUUUAUUAUGCACCCCUUGUGUGCCAGGAACUGUGCCAAGUGCUAGCACACAGUAUAUUAUUGAAAUAAAGAGGUACAAGGAUGGAGACUCUGGAGGUGUGCAUUCAAAUCCCACUUUUCAUGUUUACAGCCCUUGUGACCGUGGACAGGUUACUUAUAAUGAAACUUAUACUACUUGCACAAAGGGAUGCUGUGGAGAAAGUUCUCUAUAGAUCAUAAAGUGCCUCAGAAAUGUAAAUAGUUAUUAGUAUUACAUGUGAAGUGUUAUAAAGUAAGUGACCAGCCCAUAUUCCCAUUUCUAAGACUCCUGCUAUAGCUAUGUCUUUUUAAAUACUUAAGUCUCUGGUUUCAUUAAUACUAAUUUUCUUUAAUGCUUUAAAAGAUUUCUAAAGAUUUCUUUCCUGAAACCUUGUAAAGUAGCCAUGUAAGCCCUUUUCUCUUUUACAUUGAUUUCUUUUAUUUUUUUAACUGUUGGUGAAGGAGGGAGCACUGGGCCUGGUACAUCUGAGGCACUUAAUUAAUGCUCAUUCCCUUCCCCUUUUACUAUGACUAUCACUACCCCUCUUAUCUUAUUAAAAUAAUAAUAACAAUAAAAACUUUUCUUUGUAACAAAUAAGUAUAGUGACCCAAAGCAAAUCCACAUAUUGGCAAUGUCUGAAAAAGAAUGAUUCAUUUUGUGUCUCUAGGCUCUCACUUCUGCCAAGAGGUAGAAAGCAUGGUUCCUCUCCUGGAGUCAUGUUUGGUCAUUGUGUUGAUCAUAGUUCUCUAGUUUUUCACAGCUGUUGUUCUUUGCAGUGUAUAAUAAUCUGAUAUUAUUCUGUUUGUGUGCAGAGACUGUUUUGCCUUUGUAUCUCAUCACAUACCUAGCACAGUGCUUUAGCAAACAUAGCUACUGUGUUUCUGAGCUAGGAUUUAAUCUGUCCUCUCAUGUCUCAAAAUUCAUAUCUCUUUUGACUAAACCAGAAUUUGUUUCCACACUGUAGUAUCAGUUAACAUUAUUAAAACAUUUCUUCUAAGA